UGUAAAAUCGAGGUUGCUGGUGGUGGUGGACGUGUGGAACGCGCGUUUGUUGUGCAGCAGUAGUGUGAAAGGAAAAGUGAUUUACGAUGGCGACUACUGCUGGACAGCGAACGUCUGGUAGAAUUUGGCAAUAUGUACGAGGCACUGCUUACCCCCAGAGCAAGCUGCAAACAAGUAGCAAGCUUCUAUACAGACACUCGCCAUGUGCUUCGUCACUAUGCCGAAAUCACUCCAUCUACACAACAACAAAACUCAACCCGGAUGAGAAGACUUUUGAUAAGAUCCUGAUCGCUAACCGUGGUGAGAUUGCAUGUCGUGUGAUGCAAACAUGUAAAGCAAUGGGGAUCAAGACAGUCGCUAUAUAUAGCGAGGCGGAUGCUAGUGCGCUUCAUGUACAGAUGGCAGAUGAGGCAAUGUGUGUUGGUCCAGCAGCGUCAAGAGAAAGUUACCUUAAUGUGGAUCGCAUCAUGGAAGUCAUAAAGAUCACUGGAGCACAGGCUGUUCAUCCAGGCUACGGUUUCCUCUCCGAGAAUAAAGACUUUGCCAAGAGAUUGACAAGUGAGGGCGUUGUCUUCAUUGGUCCCGGUACGCAGGCAAUCCAAGCCAUGGGGGAUAAGAUUGAGAGUAAGAUCUUGGCGAAGAAUGCUGGAGUUCACACGAUCCCGGGGUUUGAUGGCGUUAUCAAAGAUGAAGAAGAAGCUGUUAUCAAAGCCAAUGAAAUCGGUUAUCCAGUGAUGUUGAAAGCAUCAGCUGGGGGUGGAGGUAAAGGUAUGAGGAUAGCCUGGAAUGACAAUGAAGCUAGGGAAGGGUUUCGUCUUUCCUCACAGGAAGCCGCUUCUAGUUUUGGAGAUGAUCGGUUAUUGAUCGAAAAGUUUAUUGAUAAUCCCAGACACAUUGAAAUCCAAGUUUUAGCCGAUAGCCAUGGAAACACUAUUUACCUAAAUGAAAGAGAAUGUUCUAUUCAAAGAAGGAAUCAGAAAGUAGUGGAGGAAGCGCCAAGCACCUUCUUAGAUGCUGAGACAAGAAAAGGCAUGGGAGAGCAGGCUGUGCAAUUAGCCAAAGCAGUUAACUACGUAACCGCUGGAACGGUGGAAUUUCUUGUGGACUCCCAGAGGAAUUUUUAUUUCCUUGAAAUGAACACCAGGUUACAGGUGGAGCAUCCAAUCACUGAAUGCACAACAGGUGUGGAUAUAGUACAAGAGAUGAUCCGAGCUGCUAAAGGCUAUCCUCUACAGUUGACUCAAGCUGAUGUUCCCAUCAAUGGCUGGGCGGUAGAGUGUCGUGUCUACGCUGAGGAUCCGUACAAGUCGUUUGGUCUUCCAUCCAUCGGACAUCUUUACAGAUACGAAGAACCGAAACACAUUCCUAAUGUCCGUGUUGAUACUGGUAUACAAGAAGGAAGUGAGAUCAGCAUUCAUUAUGAUCCAAUGAUCUCUAAGCUGAUUACAUAUGGCAAAGACCGGGAGGAAGCUUUAAAAUUGAUGACCAAAGCCCUCGAUUCUUACAUCAUUAGAGGUGUAACCCACAAUAUUUCACUGCUUCAAGACAUUAUUAGUAAUCCAAAGUUUAUAUCUGGAGAUAUCGACACCAAGUUUCUACCAACGGAGUAUCCUGAUGGCUUUAAAGGUUACCAACUACAAGCUGAUGAAGAAACUAUGCUUGCUGCUGUAGCUAGCUGUGUUUAUGUGAAAGAUGAAAAUAAAGCUAGACAAUUCCUCAACCAAACAAGAGUUCCUUCAGUACCGAGUAAAGUUGAAGAUUGCCAGUUGAGGGUAACUGUUGCUGGGCAAGAUUACGAUACAGUCAUCAAUGAAACAGAGCAAGGGUAUAAGGUUACUGUAAAUGGAGCAGAGGUUACUGUCGAUGGUGCUUGGUCCACUGCACAGGAUAUUAUUACACCAAGCAUUAAUGGAAACCCAUUUGAUUUACAGGUUAUAUCCCAUGCAGCAACAGGAGCUGUGCAGCUGCAGUUCAAGGGCACUGUGUUUCCUCUGACCGUGCUUCGUAAGGAAAUGGCUGAUCUUAAGUCCUUGAUGCCUGAGAAGGUCAAACCUGACCAAAGCAAAGAGGUCAUAUCUCCAAUGCCUGGGAAGGUUCAAGCCAUUAAGGUAGAGAUUGGUCAGAAGGUCUUUGAAGGUCAAGAAGUGUGCGUCAUUGAAGCCAUGAAGAUGCAUAAUAGUUUAUUUGCUCUAGCCAACGGGAAGGUGAAAUCCAUCAUGUGCGCUGUUGGGGACAGUAUUGCUGAGGAAGACAUAUUAAUCGAACUGGAAUGAAUGGAGUCAAACCCACCACUAGAGGGCAUUCUACAAGACGGUAACAUGACAUGAUUUGCAGGGCUCUACUACCAUACAGCAGACUCAACAAACACUGGGUGGACACAGGUACAUAAAUGUCUUAAAUAGUUGUCAUUUUCUACGUCAAAUCCACACAAUUCUACUUUGAAGGAAGGCUGUAAAGUGAGAUCUUAGAACAGAGAUGAACCAUGGAAUGAUAUGACGCUCAAAGCAAAGCUCAACUCGGGUUGGUGAUUAUUCAUGAUUCAUGAUUAUUCAUGAUUCAUGAUUAUUCAUGAUUCAUGAUUAUUCAUGAUUCAUGAUUAUUCAUGGUUCAUGUUGUACAUUCAUCAAAUGUAACCAACAAGUGUCAUUUCAUACAAAUAAACGGCACAAUUCUAUUUUGAUUAAACCAGAGGUUGAAAUGGGCGUUGAGCGCAGUAAUCUGUGACCUCAAAACAGGUUAAUUUUUCACUGUUUUCAAAAUUGUUGCCUCUUCAGAAUAACCUAAAGGAAGACGCACAUAUUACAAAUAAACUCAAUUAUUUUUUACCCUGUUAACACAAAGAUUGAACAUUUUUGCUUUAACACUGCGGUUGAAUAAAGACAUCAAAUACAUCGUCUGCACUAAGCUAGGUUUCUGCAUUUUGACUCAUGUUAUCUCCUAAGAGCUCAAUCUUAUUACCAUGUUUCAUAAAUACAAUCACUAUUCAAGGAUCUCAAUUUUGCAGGUUUUGCAUUUUUGAGUGUUGAUUUCAGUUAGGAAACUAGGCUUAAUGGCAACCCAUAUUUGACAGUCAAACUUGUCAAAGAAUUCGCUGAAUUUGUUAAGAUAUAUGCUAAUACUCAAGCAAUAUUGUUGUCUUAAGCAAUUAGAGACGUUUACUGAGAAGUGACUGAAUUUAUCAAACCAGGCUCAAGAUUGUAACAAUCUUCAGACUUUUAUUUCUUAUCAAUCUUUAAAUCUUUAUCGAAAAGAAUUGUACAUUUAUUUAUUGCACAUUGAAAGAACAAGACAACUAUCAUGAUUUAAAAUAAGACAAAAUUAUAUUCUUGUUUGUACUUAUCCUCCACAGAUUUGUUAUUGGCCACCCAUAAUCCUUAUAAUAUCUUUAUACUGUUUGAAUCUUUAUUAUGUAAAACCUCCAGGUUAGUGACUUAUGAAGCUGUGUCAACUUUAAGCAGAUUUUCUACAGCACCAAUUAAAGAAAGGUCAUUUUA